ACAUACAAGCAAAACAAAUGCGGUUAUUAACACCAUGUCGGUGAAAUGGGGAGCAUUUCUGGGUCGUAUUAAUCACACAUUAAAUGGUAAUUAAGCCCCACAAUGAACUUUGAUUCUUAACGCAUUAAAAGAGAUUAUGAUGGCGUUUAUUUUAAAUUAUGCGAGGCCUAUAUAAGCCGACCCAAAUCUAAUUUUUCGCUUUAGUUUGGCAUAAUGCUGGCCCGAUUUUCGUUUUUCGUGAUUUUUCUACCUCUGCAAUUUGGACUGGCAAAGAACAACUAUGACAUCGCGAUCAAAACACUGAGCUGCCAAAUUGUAGCCAAGAAAUAUGUCAAUAGCUUGGAAUGUCUACUUGUGCGACCAAGGAUUGCAGUGGUAUCGGUCAAAUUCAGUUUAAAUCAAACCAUCGAGCACUUCGACGUACUUGCAACAUUUGAUUUGAUGAAAAAGGAUAAAAGCCGCAUGAAUAUAGCCAAUAUCAAGAUGGACGGAUGCAAAUACUUGGGCUCGAUGUACCAAAACAACAUCGUUGGCAAAUUGCUCAAAAGGCUCAAGUCGGUCAGCAAUUUACCAUCCAGAUGUCCUGUAUCGAAGGGAAAACUGUACGAGAUCCGCAACUAUACAUUCAAUUCGGACGAAUUCCCGCCAGGAGCUCCGCAGGCCAAAUGGCAAGUGCGACUGAAAUUGCUGAAGCGAUCCGAACUGGUUGCGGACAUAUCAAUUGAGGGCGCGGUGGUCUAUAAUACGUGAUGUUAAUGCAUAAUGGAUGCGACUAAAUACGAAUGCUCCAUAACCCAACCAUAACUAGCUCGCCGGUGCCCCGCCCCCACGCCCGCCCUUUUUUUUAUUUUUACGAGUGAUAAAUGCACGCUGGAAAAAAACUUAUGUUUCGAAAACCUAUAACCUAGCAAUAAAGAAAAUUGUAAUGUAUUAA